AAGGCGGGACCUGAACUGCCCCCACCGCUAUACAGCUAUAGAGCUUUUCGAAUUCAAUUGCUUUCGCAAACGACAACAAUUUAACCAAAAGGAAAAGAGCAAUAACAAACCUAACAUCUAAUUCGGUCCACCAGGAGAAAACUAAAGCAGCAUAAAAAGACAAGAAAGGAGCGCAAAGUGCUAUAAUUUCACUUUAAUAGAAGACAUAAUUGAAAAUCAUCCUGGUAUUUGUUUUUUUUUUGCCGACCGACGUGAGAAAUCAUAUAACCCUCACGCUGAACCCUCCCUGUUUCCUGCAUGGAGCCCAUCCAAUCAGAGAUGAGCAUCCUGGUCAAUGGGAGAACUCCUGACCCUGAGGAUGACAGUAUGCCGAUGAAGACAAUGAUGGAGGAAGAGCAAAAUGGUUCAAUGAACAGGCUUGAUGAUCCUGAGAGUAACCUAGCAGAGAAUAUGGAGUUCCUUCCCAACAGUGGAGGCAAGAAGCCACGAUUCACUGAUUUCGAAGGGAAGACCUCUUUUGGCAUGUCUGUCUUCAAUCUUGGCAAUGCCAUUAUGGGCAGUGGGAUUCUGGGCUUGGCAUAUGCCAUGUCCAACACUGGCAUUCUCCUUUUUUUGUUCCUCCUCACAGCAGUUGCUGCUCUUUCGUGCUACUCCAUUCACCUCUUGCUUAAAGCCUCCGGUGUUGUUGGAAUCAGAGCCUAUGAACAGCUGGGUUUUCGGGCCUUUGGGACGCCUGGAAAGAUGGCAGCUGGAAUUUCUAUCACACUGCAGAACAUUGGAGCGAUGUCCAGCUACUUGUUCAUCAUUAAGUCUGAGUUUCCUCUGGUCAUCCAGGCUUUCCUGAAGGCAGACACCAACUCUGGAGAAUGGUAUCUGAAUGGCAACUAUCUCGUGGUUCUGGUCACCAUAUCUGUAAUUCUGCCCUUGGCCCUCAUGAAGCAGCUGGGUUACCUUGGUUACACCAGUGGCUUCUCCCUCAGUUGCAUGGUCUUUUUUCUCACUGCGGUGAUUUAUAAGAAGUUCCAGAUUCCGUGCCCUUUUGAGGAGUUCUCGGCCAAUAGCACCUCACACUCAGUAAUACCUGUGCAUUCAAAUGCCUCUGUACUGGUUGAUCACGCCCACCAUUACGAUAACAGACAUGUGGUGGACGACGCCCACUGCACUCCCCGUAUGUUCACUGUCAACUCUCAGACUGCAUACACCAUCCCCAUUCUGGCCUUUGCCUUCGUGUGUCACCCAGAAGUACUACCCAUCUACACUGAACUGAGAAACCCUUCUCAGAGGAAAAUGCAGCAUGUCUCCAACAUCUCAAUUUUUAUCAUGUACUCCAUGUACUUCCUCGCUGCCCUUUUUGGUUAUUUGACCUUCUUUGAAAAUGUGGAGGCGGAGCUACUCCACACCUACAGCAGAAUCGACCCCUAUGACACUCUGAUCCUCUGUGUGCGGCUGGCUGUACUCACUGCUGUCACAUUGACUGUACCAAUUGUGCUUUUCCCCGUGCGCAGGGCCAUCCAGCAGAUAAUCUUCCCGAACAAGACCUUCAACUGGAUCCGUCACAUUGCUAUCGCAGUCAUCCUCCUCACCUGCAUCAACAUGCUCGUCAUCUUCGCCCCGAACAUCCUGGGCAUCUUUGGCAUCAUUGGUGCCACCUCGGCUCCGUGCCUCAUCUUCAUCUUCCCUGCUAUCUUCUAUAUCCGCAUUGUUCCCAAAGAUGAAGAAUCCUUGCGCUCCACCCCCAAAGUCAUGGCUGCCUGUUUCGCUGGUUUGGGUGUGCUCUUCAUGAUCAUGAGUUUGAGCUUUAUCAUCAUCGACUGGACAACAGGGGGAGGCAGUGCAGUUGGUGGUCACUAGGGGACAGGCUGAUUGUGUUUGUGUGUGUACGUGUGUGCAUGUGAUAUAACAUGAGUAUACGGAGGAAGAGUAGAUGGCAUAUAGGGAGUUGGGAAUCAUCUUUUGACUCUUUUUCAUUUUCAAAUAUUUUGUUGAGCAGUGCUUCCCAACUCAGGUCUCAAGGUUCACAUUUUUUGCUCUGUUCCAGCUCCCAGCACACUUGACCCAGGUAAUAACCACACAGGAAGCUAGACUAGACAUUGAAUAUGCAUCUCGAGACACAGCUUUGGAACCUCUGGAGUAGAGGAUGCAUUCCCCUUCAUUGGGAAAAAAACGGUGAGAGAAUGCUGGCCUACUGUUCCGGCUAGACAACUGCUGCUAAUUGACGGUGGAGAAUAUAUUUUACCAUUGGUCAAAGAACCUCUGAACCUGGGACUGAGUAUUUGCAUUCUGUGAUGGUGAGUGCAUCCUCCUCUGCAGAGAAGCUCUGUAGUGGCGCCUUUCUACCUCUGUCAUCCACCCAGAACUCUUCCACCCAUAAAUCUACAGCUAGCUCUGUAGAUCAACACCCUCGCAUUCUGUUCGGUUUUGUAACACCGAGAGUGCAUGCUUUGUACUGUAGGUGCAAAGAAGAAAAAAGAAAAAAGGCAAUUUCUAUUUUUUUAUUGCAUCGUCUGUAGGACUAGUAGCAGAUACAAAAUUAUAGUUUAGAUUUGUCUAAAAGGGUAGAAUGAAGUAGUAGCCAAAGGCAGAAGAUUGUUCUAAGAGAGGCAAGUGAAAAUAAUUCAUUUGUAUUAGCUUUAGCUCUCAGGAACAUUUAGAGUGUCCUCUCCUUCUGGUAGCGUGCUUUGGCAGUGGGACACACUGAAUGCAGGCGGAUGCGAUGUGUGCGCACACAGAUAUAUCACUGUCACUGCUGGAGGUCUGUAGUGCUGAAGUAGCCCUGUUUUACUUAUAUCGUUCCUCCUACAUCUACCGUGAACACAGUAUUGGAAGCCAGGGAUUGUUCAGACUUAGAUAAGUUAACAAAUAUUUAUUGAAAUGUAUGAUGGUUUUUUCUUUUUUUAGUGUAGAAUGUAUUUAAGAAUAUGAUCAUAUAAAGUACAGUUUGUGCCCAAAGAAUCAUUUAAAAAAGAUUACAAUGAUUUGGAUUUAAACAGAAAUAGUCAUUUAUAUAGGUAUGAUCCUAGGCUUAAAUAGCCUUGUGUUGUAAAGUAUUGGAGGCAAGUCAUAUCCUUGAAUGAUAAUGAGAGAACUUCAGUCUUAGCUGUUUUAACUGGCCAUUUCCAUUUGGAACAUGCUCUCUCCACCUCUCCACCUUAUCAAUAUCCUUAAUAAUAGAUAUCUACAAUUUCCUUGUUAGUGUAAAAUGAUCUGAAAUGUACAACUUAUGUAGUGUACUACUGAAUUGGUAUCUAUAUACAUUAUAAUAUCUAUAUACAUUAUAAUACCAACUGUCACUAUUAACUUAUACAAAGUUUGAUGUAUAUCAUUGUCAGUCAGUAGUGCUAUUCAAGUGGUCUUUUUAAGAAUAUUUCAAUUUCAGAACAAAACAAAGCUAAGAUGUGAAAGCUUUUGACUCCUAGGAGUUUGGAAUGGUAUGAGAGAGAAUGAAUAUCUUUAGCCUACACCAAAUUAUUGCGGGAACAUUUAAGAAACAAUUCUGUAGCUUUUUGUAACACCCUGGACAUUACUACAAUAAGAACUGUACAUAAAAUAACUUUCUAAGCACUGAUUUGACAAAUGUAAUGUAUGUAAAACUGCAAUGGGAACUCUUCAUGAGAAGAUGGGAACAAUAUAGGUCUUCUUAUCUGAUGAAUGAGAAGAAAUAGGAACGUCAAGAAAUAUGUAACUUGUAUAUAGAGGUAGAAUAUUCAGAAUAUGAAAGCAGUUUAGCAUUCAUUUGUGAAAUCAGAGUCAAGGGUCAUCAUCUUUUAAGACUACUUCUGCACUGUGCUGACCUACACUGGUAAACAGUGCAGUGUGAUCAUUUAAACCAUUAGGUGCAGUGGCAGUUCAAAAUGACCAUACAUGUUCACCAGACUACUUACUUGUGCCAAAUUAUACAUGUAGUCUCCUUCCUAUUUAAGAUUUAUUAAUAUUUACUCAGAAUAUAUUAGUGAUACUCUUGUUCUUUAUUUAAUUGAUUUUAAUUUAUACUCAUAGUAUUAAAAUGUUUGUGUAAUAAGGGUCUUGCAAUAGUCCUCAUAUUUAAAAAAAAAAGUCCUCAAUAGCUUUAAUAUAUCAAUGCUGCUGAUCUGAUUCCAUGUUGAAAUAACAUUAAAAUAUAUAUUUCACUAUUCUCAAACUCUCACCUGAAAUCUUUUAAGGCUUUAGAUUACUAAAGUUUGCUACUGUGAAAGAGGCAAUCAAACAUUAUUAGAUUACCAGUGUUUCAUAGCUGUUCUGUUGUGUUCAUAAAAAUAUAGCAGUGUCAGGCCAAAAUGUGAUAAAGGCUUUUUGUCAAUGAAGUGCUUUCCGUCAAACAGCCUGUUGACAUUGUUGCUGUGUUUUAGCCCAUUUAUUCUUUCCUGAGGUCGUUUCUCUGUGGAGUGUUUUUCUGAACCUGCGUGGUUUUGUUUUGUUUUGGUCUAAACUCUGUUCCAGUUACUAACCUCUGUUCCAGUUACUGCAAGAGCACAACAAAACACAGAAGCUUUGUGUAUAGCCUAUAAUAUCCUCCAGCUUCAGCUCAUGCUAGGUGCUCUUCAGCAUCUGGAAUUUUCGAUGUCUGUCAGACUACCAUUCUAAACAAUUACUCUGUCCUUUCUUAUGAAUUUUGUCAAAUGAAAUGGCUAAAGUGAAUAACAUCAGGUUUAUGAUUAAUUUUGUGUCUGUAAUAAUAAUGUACAUAAGUGUUAACCCCUUCUUAUCUGUUAUGCAUAUCUAGCUUGUAUAGUGUAAAUAGCAGGACUAGAUUUAGUUUGACAAUAAAAAAAUAUAUGUAGUCGUUUUUAGA